AUGUUUGGGAAUCUUAUUCCAGCACAGGUAUUACCGGGAACUGUUUUACAAACGAGUAAUGUUAUGCCAGGAGGAAAUAAUGAGCUGGUGAUCAUACAGGAUGGAAAUUCAAAUCAAGCUGAAUUAAUAAACCAACUUCAAAAUCAUAUUACAGAAAAUCAACAAAUUCUUAUUAUUACGGAUGAUUCGGGACAGGAUCAAUAUGUUAUUAUCGAUAAAGAUCAAGAUAUUACAUCUUUACUUCAAGACGGCUCAUUAUUCCCACAAUUUAAUGAACAUAAUUUGUCACGAUCGACCGGUCUGGAACAAAUCGUUCAGAUUGCUCCUGUACCUAUAGCUGCAGCGCCAGUAUCUCAACCUGUUCAUAUCGCACCAAAACCUACAACUCAAAAACCUAUCGCACCAUCAACAGUAAAUCCGUCAAUGGCACCACAUAAAUCAUCAUUUCAAAGCAAGGUAAAUGCAAAUGCAUUUCACGUACAAAAUGUUGAAGAAUCUGUUCAACGUGUUAACGCUCCGCCGCCAAAGCGUAAACCCAUUGAAAUACGUUACGAUCCGAAAGAAAAUUCAUUUCAAAAUGCGUUUUUAAAAUUUCUUGCCGGUGAGAAAACACCAUCAUUAGAAACAUUGGCUAAUGAACCAGUUUUACGUAAACCAAAAGACAAUUUAUAUAUUGGCAAUGGAGUUAACAUGAUUGGAACAAAUGUUGGUGCUACGGGACCAUGUGGCUAUCAGACAUACGUUCUGAAUGAUGAAUCGCGAAUGGAAGAAAUAAUGGUUAUUGGAAGACCGAUUUAUGAUGAUACAAAAGGCGUCAAGAUUAAUCCACUUUUAAAAAACUUGCCUGUUGCUAACAACAAUACAACUGCGGCAUUUUUACCACAGGCAAUUACGCUUACACCUCGUCAGCAGCAGCAACAACAAACAGUUACACUGUCUAAUCAAAAUAAUAAUCGCGAUCCAUUACGUGAUGUGAAUAAUCAACACCAGCAACAACAGUAUAUCAAUAAUUUAACUGGACUAUUUCGUAGUGCAGUGAAUAGUGUCAAUACUAAUACAGUAAUUCCAGCUGCUGUUGUUCAAACUGUACCAACUUUAAUGAAAGGAGGUACAACAGUUACUUUGCCACAGCAUUUGUUAAAUCAAUUUGGUCAAGCUACGAUGACAGUUUCACAACCGUCGGAUCUUGAACAAGCUCAAACGAUUGUGUCAAUAGCAGAUAAUCGUAUUGAACCGGCGACAGCAUCGGCAGCCGCCAUACUUAGUCAAUUAACAGAAAUGGUUGGUCCGCCCGUUGAUCAUCAUCAGCAACAACAACAACAACAACAACAACAAGCUUCUUCAUCACAAAGCACGAUUGGCUUUUUACCCGAAGAUAUUUUGGAGCAAAGAUUACCACAUAUCAAUAAUCGAACACAAAAUAAAAAGGGAGUAGCUGAUACUUUAUUGACCGACACAGUUACACACGCUAAUUUUGGAGCUAACACAGGUGCAAAUAUUCCGUCAACUACAAAUACAGUACAAGAAGAAAUAUUUAUUGAUUCGGGAAAUAUUAAUCAACCAACAACAAUGAUAAACCCAUCUUAUAUGGAAAUUGAUAAACAAAAUACUGGAGAAUAUGAAAUUAAAAAGGAACAAAUACAAUCUGGGGCCGAAUUAGGAAAUGAAAAUGAGUCGCAAGCAGCUACAUUACCAACCCAAAUGGAAUUAAAUGAACAACAGCAGUCAAUGAAUUCUGAUAUUCGGCAACAAACCAAUGAUUAUAGUCAAGUACCAGCGGUUGCUGAAACAGAUGCAACUUAUGGUGAAGAGGUGACCGAAAUGGGACCAGAAAUACCAUUUGAAAUGGGCCAAUUUUUGCUUUACAAAGGACAUUUUCUUAAUUUAUUACAUUUUCCGAUUUGGAAAGUUCAUACAAAAACAUUGUUACUCAAAUACGAUACCGUUUUGGCUGAUGGAGAAAUUGCAUGGGAAGCCACUGAUGAAGGAAUGUUUUACACAAAUGUAUUUGACGAUUAUAUACCAUUAAAAUGUGAAUUAAAAGGUUUACAUAACAAUCAAGAAGUAGUUCGUAUAAUUAAUGAAUCACAUCCAAUUAAACUAAAAAUCCAUGGUCAUAUGAGUGCUGUUCGCAUUCAGCAUGAUGUUUAUGCACAAGUAUUGGUUAAUCAUGUUUAUGACGCAGACGUUUUACCGAGGAUUAAAGCCAAUAAUGAUGAAUAUGCAACAUAUAUUCGUUUGAUAGAUGAAAUUUUAGAACAACGUUAUAAUUAUGUAAUACAAUCAAGGAAGACAAUUGAAACAUUUCCGUGUUAUGUUGCCAAAUAUUCUUCAUUAGAUGUUAUCGAACAACAGCGUUCACAAUUACACUGUCAAGUAACUGAAGACAAAACACAGCCUGUUUCACAUACGUUACGUUUUCAUGGACGACAGUAUGAUUCAGAAAAUUUAAAAGCUAGUGAACAACCACUUCAACCAUUGGAAGUUUAUGUUUGUGAAGAUAUUGCAGCAAUGGCUAAUACAGCUCAUGCUUUAAAACAUCAUAUAUUUUAUUUAUUUUGUAAUGCACAGGCAAAAGUUUCUCAAUUGCAAGAACUGAAUCCGAAUGCUGAUGUGACUGAAUUAAUUAGCGC